AGUAAAACCUGAAAGUAUAUGAUUAACAUCCCUGUUCGGAAUUUUACGACCCAUCGGCAAAACCCCAAGCAACAGUAAACACUUCCGGGUGGAGGGAAACUUGCCGUGAAAAUGGCAACAGAAGCUCUGAGGAUUGAUAAUCAGGACACUGUGGAUGCACUGAGCGCCGAGGCUGCGAAUCUCAAGAAAAAGUUAGAAGAAGAAAAGGCAAAGCUAGCAGAUAUGGACAUGGGUGAAGUUACAAAGAAGAUAGAUAGCAUAACACAAUUUAAUAUGAAAGCCAGAAAGGUAUUAAAGGGACAUCAUGGAAAAGUGUUAUGUAUGGACUGGUCCAAAGACAAACGGCAUAUUGUCAGUUCUUCACAGGAUGGAAAGAUGUUGGUUUGGGAUGCAUUCACAACAAACAAGGAACAUGCAGUUACUAUGCCAACAACAUGGGUGAUGGCUUGUUCGUACGGACCGACUGGAGAGGUUGUUGCUUGUGGAGGGUUAGACAAUAAAUGUACAAUUUACCCUCUGAGUAUGGAUGAUGACCCAGCAACCAAAAAGAGAGCAGUUGCAACUCACACUAGCUACCUGUCCUGUUGUACCUUUACCACCUCAGACAAACAGAUUUUAACAGGAAGUGGAGAUAGCACAUGUGCAUUAUGGGAUGUGGAGAGUGGUCAGCUGAUACAGAGUUUCCAUGGACAUGCUGGUGAUGUCAUGAGUAUUGAUCUCUCCCCAUCAGAGACUGGAAAUAUGUUUGUGUCUGGGGGUUGUGAUAAAGUGGCCAAUGUGUGGGACAUGCGGACUGGAGAGUGUGUACAGAUGUUUGAGGGCCAUGACUCAGAUAUCAACAGCGUCAGGUUUUAUCCUAGUGGAGAUGCCUUCGCCACAGGAUCUGAUGACGCCACUUGCAGGUUGUUUGACCUGAGAGCUGACAGGGAGGUGAACUGUUAUAAGAAGGAGAGUCUGAUCUUUGGUUGUAAUUCUGUGGAUUUCUCCAUCAGUGGACGUCUUCUGUUUGGAGGAUAUAACGACUACACUGUCAACAUCUGGGAUGUUCUCAAAGGUCACCGAGUUUCCAUAUUGUAUGCUCAUGAGAACCGAGUCAGCUGUCUGGGAGUGUCUCCUGAUGGGACAGCUCUAUGUACAGGAAGCUGGGAUUACACACUAAAGAUAUGGGCAUAAUUAUUACCAGCAUAUAUAGAGCACAUGUGAAAUCCAGAAUUAUGUGAAGUAGGAAUGCUUUCCAUGUCUCAAGAAAGGACCACAUUUUUUAUAGGAGCAACAUUUUUGUACUGUUUUAUCUUCAGACAUAUUGUAUUUAGAGUUUUUGUCAUGUGUUGCAUUCAGUGUGUAGGUGUUCAGGAAAAUUUUUACUUUCCUGCAGUGUAAGGAUGUAUGGAUGUGAAAAGUGUAAUAGGUAAAUGUAUGAUAUACAUUGUAGAAGUAGUGCAGAAUGGGGUAAAUUGAAAGGAUAUACUCUUUGGGAAAGGAGCGCAGCACAUUACCACUACAUUGCUAGAAAUAACAACUCAUUACUGCUACUUUUCACCUUGAUUUCUUGUGUGCAGUAGCGCUACAUUUUUUUUUUGAAAAUACAACACAUAACCAAGAAAUAGUCAAACCUGCCUGUGAGGUAUCAAUAGUACACAUGGCAGAGAACGACUUCUAUUUAAUAAAGUUUUCUCACCAUAUCAUGAUGUAAGCACAAUUUAGUAUGAAUUCUAUUCAAUAUAGUUCACUCACCAUGUACAAUUGGAAGUACAAUUUUAUAUAUGAGUUCUGUUCAAUACAGUUCAUCUAUACACAGCAGAAUAUUUUAACUACAUGUCAUACUGUGGAAUCAUCAUUGUUCGUGGGGGACCAAUGUUCGUGGAUUUCGUGGGUCACCCGUACCCACGAAUUAACAUCCCCACGAACGUUUUUUGCAAACAUAUUAAUUCAUUAAAUCUUCCGUAUAAACGAGUAACCCACGAAAUUAAGUCCCCACGAACAAGUAAAAUUUUGCUGGCCCACGAACAUUGACCCCCACGAAUUAAAAUGAUUCCACAGUACUAUACAGGGAAUUGUUAAAGGUACAAUUAAAAAGGACCAACUCUAUGUUAUUCUGUAAAUUUUAUUUUAACAACAAUGAAAAAAUUGUAUAUACAUGUAUAUGUUACUCCAUGGAACAUGAUAUUCAGUAUCACUGUUGAAAACAAGUAUUUCUUGAUAAUGUUAUGAACUUUUAUGUCACAGUACUUAAACAUAGCAAUGAGUCAAAACUAUAUCACAUUUCUACAUGUUUGAAAGCUACAUGUUCACUAUACAAUAUAUCAUUGUACAUGUAUGAGAAGGCAUAGGGAUAGGCAAUUCAUCUAUGUUCAGCAUUGUUACUUUAAAAUAGCAGUAUUUGAUAGUUAUUGCACUUUUUCUGAAAUGCUAAAAAUUUCUUUCAUCACAAGUGUGACACCAAGACACCUUCAUCACAAGGCAACAGUUGUGGAAAGGUGGAGGGAGUUGGAGCUUCAUGUAUAAGUUUGUUGUACUUUUACAAGUACUCACUGUAAAAAAAACUUAAUUUUUGUUGUUUAUAAAUUGUUAUUGAAACUUUUUCCUUUUCUUUUUAUAAUUGCAUACUUGUCAAAUUUUAGUGCAAAAAACCAGGAUAAUUAAUUCCAAUGUUUGGUCCACUCCCUUCAAAUCUGAUAAAGUAAUAGAAAACUUCUCUAAAUAAAUAUUCUGGUUAAUUCGGUGUGAAUAACAUCAUAUGAAGCUGUGCAGAUAUGAGGGUUCUCAUUGUGAAUAAAAUUCAAAGAUCUUGUUGAUUUAGUGUUCACAUUUAUUGGCAAUUACUGAUAUUUUUAAUAACCAGUUCAUCAGUCAGAUUAACUUUUUUAUGUGUAUCUCAGAUUUCUUUAUUUUUUGCACAAGAAUUGUUUAAUAAUUGUAUCUUUUUAAUUUUGAUUUUUUUAUGGUGCUAUAUUAUGAGUAUACAGUAUAUGUAUUUGUUCUAACACCUAGUCCUUUUACGUUUUUAAAAUACUAAUGUGCAAUAUACAAUGUAGGAUGCGUGUGUAUAAAUCAGUUAUUACACAGUUUUAAUAUGAUUGUUUGUCUCAGAAAUCUCAUGGUAGUCAUUUUGUUAGAUUAUAUUUAAUGGCUAAGUAUGAGUCUUUUUAUUCUUGGAAACUUUUCCAUAAAAAUUGAUAGAUUAAAUUAUACAAGUACAGUAUAUUUAGUUUUUGUCAUACAGUAAAUUCCUGUACAGCAAAAUUUACACAAAGGAAACCUAAACUUUCAGUGCUUGUGCAUGAAGAAUGAAAUUAAUAGUUAACUGUACUACAAUUUAAUGUGACAGAAAUGCAUUGAGAAAAUAGAAUUGACUCAUUUGGUGAUUCCAGAGCAUAAUCCUGUAUUGAGAUGUGGAUAUAUUAAUCUGAAUAUAAGGCCAGUAUUGUUUGAUACUGUUAGUUUUUGGAUGACUGUAUUGCAGCAUAAUAUUAAUUUUCAUGCACUGUAUAGUUUGUUGAUCAUUUGACAUGGGUAUGUAUUCUAAGAAAUUUUUAUUUUCCCACCAUUAUUUAACCUGCAUGUACUUCAAAAUAAAUUACAAUUUGAUUAAUAUAGGAAAGAGAAAUUCUCAUGCAUCAUGAGUAAUGUAUGUGUAUACGUGUGAAUAGCUAGAUAUCUGAUAUCAUUAGAUGUACAUGUAGCUAGCUUGUGCCAGUGUACAUGUAUGGUAACAUCAUCUAUUGAAAAAAAAAAUAACUCCAGGCACAGCUCCUUUCUUCAUGGAUUAUCAAGAACUAAUUCCAUGCAUGUUGUAUAGUUUAGUUUAUAUACAUGUAUUACAUGUAGAAUAACGUGCAGUGUACAUUUGUUAAGGUAUAACUUCAAACCUCUGUUAUUUUAUAUCCUGUUCCUUGAAUUUAAAACUUUUGAUUAUUGGUGUACUGUUGGUGAAUGAAUCAGUACAGAACAACAUGGUUAUAGCAAACACACUCAUAAUAAAUUCAUGCUUACUGCGAAGUGAUUUACAUUCCUUGUGGAUUUGAAACAUAUUCUUAUUGGAUAUAACAAAUUACAUUUAUAAUGAAUCAAUAUUGUUCAUCCCUGACACUUUGCUGUAAGUGUGUUUUACCGUGCAUAAUUGACUUUCCUUUAAAAAAAAAAUGCAAUUUUUUUUCAGUUGCAGCAAAUGUAAUUCUGAUACACAAACUGUUUUCAUGUCUUGUUUAAUGUGUACUGUAAAGAUUAAGAAAUCCAAUUAAUCUUUCCAUGUAUUUGUGUUCUAUAUUUAUUUAUAGGGAUUAACAAAUCUGAUUAAUCUUAUACUGAUAUAUACAUGUGUGUCUAGUAGUAUAUGUUACAUUCACUGUUAGAGAAUAAGCAUUGAUACAAAUGUUAAAUUUUGUAACAGUUAGAAAUUAUAUUGUUCAAUAAAAUCAUUACAUGUAAAAUUGA